UAUGCAAUGGAACAUUACCCCUUGGGGAUGAAUCAGCUUUACAAUAACACUAGCAUGAUUUCAACUGAUCUACCACUUCGAACAACUGAUGGGCCAUAUCUUCAAAUAAUUGAACAACCUAAACAGAGAGGCUUUCGUUUCCGCUAUGUUUGUGAAGGACCAUCCCAUGGUGGACUUCCUGGAGCUUCUAGUGAAAAGAACAAGAAGUCUUAUCCACAAGUUAAAAUAUGCAAUUAUGUUGGACCUGCAAAAGUAAUAGUGCAGUUAGUCACAAAUGGAAAACAUGUUCACUUGCAUGCUCACAGCUUGGUAGGAAAACACUGUGAGCAGGGAGUUUGCACAGUAAAUGCAGGACCAAAGGACAUGAUAACGGGAUUUCCAAACCUGGGAAUAUUACAUGUUACAAAGAAAAAAGUAUUAGACACACUGGAAGCUCGCAUGAUUGAUGCAUGUAAAAAAGGGUACAAUCCAGGACUCCUCGUUCACCCCGAUCUCAAUUAUAUACAAGUGGAAGGCGGAGGGGAGAGGCAGCUAACAGAACGGGAACGGGAUAUCAUUCGUCAGGCAGCAAAUCAGCAGACUAAGGAGAUGGACCUCAGUGUCGUACGGCUCAUGUUCACAGCAUUCCUUCCUGAUAGCACUGGUAGCUUUACAAGGAGACUUCAGCCUGUCUUGUCUGACCCUAUAUAUGACAGCAAAGCUCCAAAUGCAUCCAAUUUAAAAAUUGUUCGGAUGGAUCGGACUGCAGGCUGUGUAACAGGGGGAGAAGAAGUUUACCUACUUUGUGACAAGGUCCAAAAGGAAAAGAUAUGCAAUUAUGUUGGACCUGCAAAAGUAAUAGUGCAGUUAGUCACAAAUGGAAAACAUGUUCACUUGCAUGCUCACAGCUUGGUAGGAAAACACUGUGAGCAGGGAGUUUGCACAGUAAAUGCAGGACCAAAGGACAUGAUAACGGGAUUUCCAAACCUGGGAAUAUUACAUGUUACAAAGAAAAAAGUAUUAGACACACUGGAAGCUCGCAUGAUUGAUGCAUGUAAAAAAGGGUACAAUCCAGGACUCCUCGUUCACCCCGAUCUCAAUUAUAUACAAGUGGAAGGCGGAGGGGAGAGGCAGCUAACAGAACGGGAACGGGAUAUCAUUCGUCAGGCAGCAAAUCAGCAGACUAAGGAGAUGGACCUCAGUGUCGUACGGCUCAUGUUCACAGCAUUCCUUCCUGAUAGCACUGGUAGCUUUACAAGGAGACUUCAGCCUGUCUUGUCUGACCCUAUAUAUGACAGCAAAGCUCCAAAUGCAUCCAAUUUAAAAAUUGUUCGGAUGGAUCGGACUGCAGGCUGUGUAACAGGGGGAGAAGAAGUUUACCUACUUUGUGACAAGGUCCAAAAGGAUGAUAUUCAAAUCCGUUUUUAUGAAGAAGAUGAAAGUGGUGGUGUCUGGGAAGGUUUUGGAGACUUUUCGCCUACUGAUGUGCACAGACAGUUUGCAAUAGUAUUCAAAACACCGAAGUAUCGAGAUGUCAACAUCACGAAAGCAGCAUCUGUUUUUGUUCAAUUACGGCGAAAGUCAGAUCUAGAGACAAGCGAACCAAAGCCUUUUCUGUAUUAUCCUGAAAUCAAAGAUAAAGAAGAAGUACUAAGGAAACGACAGAAACUCAUGCCGAACUUCUCCGAUAGUUUUGGUGGAAGUGGCGCAGGUUCUGCAGGAGGUGGAAUGUAUGGAGGAGUAGGAGGAGGUGGUGGUGGUGGCGGCAGUGCUGGAUCAGGUAAAUCAAAAUGUUAAUGGGAUUAUGAAUGAAUAAUGGAAGAUGCAUUGGGAAGUU